AUCUGUCUUUUUUAAUAUCAGAAAUAUUGCUAGGAAAUGGGUUUUAGUGCGUAAUGAGUCAGGGAGGUCAACACAUGGGCAUUCGCAGAAAGUAAAAUAAUGGAUUGAUAUCAACCAAUAUCCCUGAUGAUUCAGUUUAUGCUCUAUGCGGGAUUAACGCUUUGAAAUAUAUAAUUUGAAUUUGCACUGUAGAAUAGGUGUCGAUUUGAGCGUAAAGUUGAACCAAAUAAACAGGAUAACUAAUUUUCAUUUACUUGGCUCCAUUUAAAUUUGACUUGAUUCCAACUAAUUGCAGUUCAAAUUCACCAAUUAAAUUGUUUGUUUUUCAAAACAAUCGAUCAAGUUACAAAACAAAGUCUGCGAGUGCCCAUGUGAGCAGGUUUUCCAAAAUUAUGAAGAAUUUUAGUAAGAAUAUAUGUAGACAAGAUGGUACCACAUUUUUAAAUCCUUAUAAAAUUGAGAAACUUGAAGUAUCUGUUUCUAACUCGCUCGGCAUCGCGUAACUGAUAUAUUAUUUUUGUUAACGUUGGCAUUAUUUUCACAAGCAGCAAGUAUCCGGCUGUUUGAAGCGCAUUGUGUUUGUAUAUUUAUCGAGUUCUUGGUUAUAAAUAUUAAUGAUAAAGGAAAAUAUUGCACUAGUUUUUGAGAAUCUUACACUGAAAUGUCCAACACUUAACUAAAUACAUAUUAGCCAUGUUGUUGAUAUGAAUAAAUUGCGAUCUGAUGGUACGAUAAUAGUCUGGCUUCCUUAAAUGCCAAUUUUAAUUUCAUAUAAAUAUGCACAAAUUUUGCUGUGGAUAUUCGAAAUUAUUAUUUUGGUUUAUUUGGAAUACGAAACACCACAUAGUUUUGGCUAUUCCCUGUCCUGCCGAAAUAGUAUUUCAUAAAGUAUAAAUAUUUUUCAGAGCUUUGUAACACAAUCUACCCUCCAGCCUAAUGUGUAGCAAAUUCUGUUGUAUUAGAAAGCGAUAGCCGUAGUAGCAAUCAGGGCUAUCUCGUAUCAAUGGAGCCAUUGUGAUUUGUGCAAGCUCCCCCGCUCUGGUAACAUUUUGGUAGUUUCUCAAGUAGACCAUUGUCAUUAGAUUUUUUAGCACAGCUCUUUCAAAUAAUAUCACUCGUGGUCGUUACUGCAUAAUAUUUUAGUCUUACGUUCAUUCGAAAAUUCAUUUUUGUAAAUACUUUCAGAUAAUUAUUAUUAAAACAAUCAUACAAUGGGUAAAAAGACCAAAGCCAAGAAGCGCAAGGAUAAAUUCUAUCAUUUAGCAAAGGAGACUGGAUACAGAGCUCGUUCUGCUUUCAAACUUUUGCAACUGAAUAAGAAAUUCAGCUUUUUACAAACCUCCAAAGUCCUGAUUGACUUGUGUGCUGCACCAGGAGGAUGGCUUCAAGUUGCAUCACAGUAUAUGCCAGUUUCAAGUUUAAUUCUUGGAGUCGAUUUAGUUCCAAUUAAGCCUAUUCCAAAUUGCAUAACAUUCACUGAGGAUAUUACCACUGAAAAAUGCAAAUCACAACUCCGAAAGGAACUUCAUAAUUGGAAAGCUGAUUCGGUUAUUCACGACGGAGCGCCCAAUGUUGGUAAAAACUGGCUUCAUGAUGCAUUCUCCCAAUCUGUUUUGACUCUUCACGCAUUGAAAUUAGCGUGCGAUUUCCUCCGCAAGGGAGGUUGGUUUGUGACCAAAGUUUUCCGUUCAAAAGAUUAUCAAUCAUUAAUGUGGAUUUUUAAUCAACUUUUCAAAAAAGUUCAUGCAACGAAACCACAAGCUUCUCGAAAUGAAUCUGCUGAAAUUUUCGUUGUUUGUCAAGGCUACAAAGCGCCAGAUAAAAUCGACAAAAAAUUCUUCGAUGCGAAACAUGUAUUUCAAGAACUUACACCUGGUGAUGACCAAAUUACGAUGGCAGACUUUGGAAAUAAAAAAUUGUUGAAAAAAGCGAAAGCAGUUGGGUAUAAAGAUGACGCUACAAUGUUAUAUGAAGAAUGUAUAGUAUCCGAAUUUCUUGCUUCUGAUAAACCAUUGCACAUCCUGAAACAAAGCAACAAGCUUGUAUUUGAUGAUGAAGAAAUUUUUGGGCAUGUCUUUACAACAGAUGAUAUUGUCGAUGCGUGUAAAGAUUUGAAGGUCAUCGGUAAACGUGAAUUUCGAAUUCUCGUAAACUGGCAUAAAAAGAUGAAUAAAAAAAGAGAGCAAGAGUCUGAAAAGGGUGAAAAAGAAAAUGAAGAAUUAGACGAGGGAUCAUCAUCUGACAGUGAUGCAGAAAUUGAGAAAAAGUUAUCCGAAAUGAAAGAGGAUGAAGCGAAACAACUCAAAAGAAAAAAGAAAGUUGUUACUAAGGAACGGAGAAAGUUACGUGAACGCAUGGGUCAUAUGGCGCAAUCGACAAACACUCAAGAAGACAUGGAAUUGUUCUCUUUGCAUAAUAUAAAGUCUAACAAGCAUUUGGAGACGCUUACCGAAGAUGACAGCAUGAAAAUUCAUGACAAAGAAAGAAAUGAAUAUGAAGAUGGAUACGAGUCUGAUGAUGAAGUCAGUGAAAUCGAAUUUGAAGACAAUCCGGAAUCAGAUGGUGAAAAUUCUUCUGAUGAGGAAAAGCAAGAAAAGGAGAGCCCGCAUCCACUUAUUGUACCACUAGGUGAGGACGAACUCGCUUCUGAGCGACAAACCGACCUUUGGUUUAGUAAAGAUAUCUUUGCUGAUAUUAAACUAGAUGCCAAAAGAGUACCUCCCAAACCGAAGAAUAAAAAGGAGGAAAAGAUUCCAGAAAAGGAUGAAAUUGAAGAAUCUUCCAAGGAGGAAGGUAAAAUGGAAGUUGAAAUGAAACAUCCUCAUGAUCCUAAAAUAGAAGAAGAUGAGGACAGUGGUUCGAGUAGCGAUAGUGAUUACGACAUCAACAUGGCAGCUGAUCCUGAGGACCAGAACCCCAACUUGAAAGAUUUUGAAGUUGUGCCAUCUGAUUAUCGGGGUGCGACUGGAAAGUUAGACGCAUCAGGGCUUGCCCUCGGAACAGUCAUUGCAGCGUCUCGGAAAAGGAAGAGAGAUAUAAUAGAUGAUUCUUUCAAUCGUUAUACAUUUGAAGACGAAGGUCUGCCGGACUGGUUUGUAGAAGAUGAAAAAAAGAGGAUUCAUAGAACAUUUUUGGAUUCCCAUAUUCCACAACAUGUUAAAAAGUACUAUGAAUCUCGCGACGUUGCAAUCAACUCCAAAACUAUAAAGAAAGUCGCGGAAGCAAAAGCAAGAAAAAAACGAAAAAUGAUGAAAAGAACGGAAAAGGCCAGAAAACAAGUCGAAAAUGUUACAGAUUCUCAUAACAUGUCGAAUGCGGAAAAGACUUCCCAGAUCAAAUCUAUUUACAAAAAGCAUGGGAUGUUGAAAAAACAGAAAGAAAAUGUAACAUAUGUUUUUGCUAAACGAGGGGUCGGUAAAAAAGUACGGAGGCCUCAAGGUGUCAAGGGUCAAUUUAAGGUCGUUGAUCGAAGAAUGAAAACCGAUUUGAGAGGAAAAAUGAAAGGUGGGGGUAAAAAGCCGAAACGGGGACGAAAGUGAACAUAAAACAUUAAUAAUGAGUUAUUACUGUUCUUCAAAAUACCGACGAAAUCUACGAAAAAUAGUAUUUUUGUUUGUUAUUGUGUUUCCUACUUGACCUUGGGGAGUCUGACAAAAUUAUUAAAUCAGAAUUGCUGAGGGGCCUA